CUGGACGUUUACUAUUGAUUGAUAUUAUUUAUCGUUAAUUCCUCAAAUCAUUCGUUUGUGCUCGUCACUACCAAUUCCUCUAGCCUUUUUUUUGUAUCUUAUUACGUGGUCUAUAAGUCUCUUUAGACUAUGAAAUAUCUUAAGUUUCCUACAAAACUCCAUGACGGAGAAGUUCAUUCGGUCACUAUCAAUAGAGACGAUACUAAAUUAGCAACUGGUGGUAGAGAUAAUCGAGUACAUAUAUGGAAUUAUACUGAAUUAGUAGCGGUUGUAUCACAACCUGAUCCUCAAACCAUUACAAAUAUUCAACCUACUAUAACUUUUAAUUAUCAUAAUAAUGUAGUAUCAAUUAUUCAAUGGUCUCCUAAUAAUUCACUGACAUUUAUAUCUGCCGAUAUAGAUGGACAAAUAUUUAUUAAUGAUUUAGAUACUGAAAAACAUCGACAAAUAUAUCCAUUUCAAGAUAAACAACCUUGUAAAAUAGUGGACUUAACCUGGUCAUUGGAUGCAAGACUUGUUGCUUUCAGUACUACUGAUGGUAUUGUUCAUAUACUUGAUAUCAUUAAAAAUACUCAUCAAGAACUUUCAACAUUAAUACAUUUAGAAAAACUUACAAUUCAACGAAGUCUUGCCUUUGAUCCAUUAAACAAUUAUCUUAUAACUUUAGGUGAUGAUACACUUAUUUAUCUUUAUCAAUAUCUGUAUGAUUCUAAUCAUGAUAAUUAUCAAUUUCGAUUAAUUAAUAAAAUUGCUAGACUUAUUAAUAAGAAUCCAUUAAAUGUUAAUUAUAAAAGAAUUUCUUGGUCACCUGAAGGUGAAUUAGUAUCUGUACCGACAGCUAGUAAAAAUCAAGUAUCAUUAAUUUCAUUAAUUUCUCGAUCUAAUAAUUGGCAAAAUAAAGUAAGUCUUGUAGGUCAUGGAUUAAAUUGUGAAGUGGUUAAAUUUAAUCCAAUUAUUUAUCAAUUAGAUAAUAAUGUAUAUUAUAUUAUUGCAACAGCAGGAGCUGAUAAAACCCUUAGUGUUUGGAAUUCUACUAAGGAUACUCCAAUAUUUGUAUUACAAGAUAUAGUUAAUAGUGCUAUACUUGAUUUAACUUGGAAUAAUCAAGGAAAUACUUUAAUUAUAGCAUCUCAUGAUGGAUAUUUAAGUAUAGUAUUAUUUGAAACUAAUGAAUUAGGUACUGAAGUAACUCCUCAAAUUAAAGAUGAAUUAAUUAAAUUAGCUAAAGAUCAUGUUAAACCUUUAACAUAUAAAUAUGAACUGGAUCAACCAGCAGGUAAUAGACGACUGAAUAAUGUAGCCAUUGAAUUAUUAGAUCAAAAGGAUGCAGAAAGUAUGGAUCAACCUCAAACUAAUGGAAUUAUAAUUGAACCUACUACUAAUGGUGAUAAUGGUAUAGUAAAGGAAACUAAUGGUGAACCUUCUGAUCCUAUACAUACUAAGGGACUUAUUACUCCUGAAGUCAUAGAUCAACCUGAAUUAACUACAGAGUCUAGUGACUUAUUACGAUCGGCUAUGACCACAAGACUGACGAUAAAACCAACCAAACAAAAGGCCAAAACUACUCCAGUAGUAGAUAAACAGAAAGUAACCACUAAGAAUGGUAAGAGACGCAUUCAACCUAUGCUUAUUUCCAAUAAUGGCACUAAUAAUGUUUCAAACACCAUCACCUCCUCCUCCACCACCACUAGCACCACCAACAAUAACAAUAACAAUAACAAUAACAAUAACUCUACUAAUACAACCACUACCAAAUCCUUAAUGGACUUUGAUAAGGCCUCAUAUGUGGUAUCUAACGAAUUUUAUCGUGAUAAUAAAAGAUUAAAGACACAAGAAGACGCCACUGGUAACUCCAAGAAACUUAAACGAGAACUUGAACCAGUUAAAUUUAUUGGGAAUCCAAUUUUAAAUCCUAAUACUACAUUUUCAAAAGUUAGACUAGCUAUUCCUAAAAUUAGAUUCAAUUUUCAAAUUUCUAGUAAGAGUGAAAGUUCGACAUUUAUACUUGAUGUUAAGAAUGGAACUGGUAAUGAAACAAGACCAUCAAGAAUUACAUAUUUUAAAAAGGAUAAAGAAGUAUGGUGUGAUUUUAUUCCUCGAUAUAUUCAACUUGCAAGUGAAGGAAAUAAAUUUUGGGCUAUUAGUACUGCUGAUGGACAAAUUCUUGUUUAUGCUCAUACAUCAGGUAAAAGAAUAUUUCCUCCAUUAAUUCUUGGAUCACCAAUUUCAUUUCUUGAAUCUCAUAGUCAAUACCUUUUAGCAGUUACUGCAUUAGGAGAAUUAUAUGUUUGGAAUAUUGAAUUAAAAAAAGUAGAACUUCAAACUCAAUUAACUCCUUUACUUGAAUUAAGUAAUAGAUAUCUUGAUGAUGGACUUUCAAAAUCUGAUAGUAUAACUCUUUGUGCAGUUACUGCCAGUGGAAUUCCUUUAGUAACUCUUUCAAAUGGUUCAGGAUAUCUUUAUAAUAAAAAUUUAGGAAUUUGGCAAACUGUUAGUGAAUCAUGGUGGUCAUUUGGAUCUCAUUAUUGGGAUAGUAAUGAUGAAACAAUUAAACCACAAUCAACUAAUUUAUUUAAUACUGAAGCUUCUAUUAUAGAACUUCUUGAACAUAAAACUAAUGAAGAAGUUAUUAGAAAGACUCGAACAGGUCGAGGCAAAUAUUUUAAUAAAAUUUCUAAGAAUAUGUUAAUGAAAGAAGGAUUUGAAAGUUUAGAAAAUGCCAUAUCAGUAUCCCAUUUAGAAAAUCGAAUAUUAUGUUCUGAAUUAUUAGGAGAAUUUAAAGAUUUUCAUAAAUACUUUCUUAUGUAUGUUCAAAGAAUUUGUGAAUUAGGGUUAAAGGCCAAAUUAGUGGAUGUAUGUAAUGAACUUCUUGGACCUGAAGGUGAAGAUGAUAGUGAAAGUAAAAGUAAGAGUACUGAAUCAAUUGAUAAAUCUUGGCAACCGGUUAUCUGUAGCUUUGAGAAACAUGAUUUACUUAAACAAGUAAUUAUAGCAUGUUCUAAACAUCGAGAUGCUCAAAGAAUAUUAGUACAUUUUGGGGAAAAGAUUGGACUUAUUAGUGAAGACUUAUAG